GUGGAGCGGAGGAACACUUGUUGCUUGAAUCUUCAGGUGGUACACGGCCCAGUAGCAAGCAAGCACUUCAGUGUUGACCGUGUGAAAAUUUUUCAUUCUUCCAACUCUUGUUGUGUCACAUACCGUGUGAAACCGUCUUUACAUACAUUUGCUGAGCUGCUAAUGGAUGCAUUAGUAGCGUUUACACCUCCGUGUUUAAUAGUAGUAGUAGCUUAUCAUUAAAUUUUAAAAGUUUUGUUAAUGAUUUUUUUUCAAAAGUGUGUGGAGUAAGCGCAGUCAGUCAGGUGACCUAGCAUUCCAGUUAUGGGCCAUAACUAAUGGGUCAACUCCCGUGUGAAAAAAAACUAUAGCCAACAUUUUGUUUUAUUCACAAGUUCAAACGGAUUUAACAACAAUGAAUGACAAGCGGCUUUGAUUUUGGAUUAUGAACUGAUUAAGCGUUAAAGUGUUACACUAAACUACUGGGAAAAAAAGGGGGAAAAUAUAAGUAUAUAAGCAUCGCCUUUGCCUUUGCUGCUUCGCCGCUAGCCUAGGCUAAGGCCUUAGCAGAGCUGUUCGCCUCAACGUAAAGUGACCUAAGUCACAAGUGAUUAUACUACAUUCAUAAUGAUGAUGGGAUAUCUGCAAUUCGUAUGUGUAGGCCUGUUUGUUCUUAUGACUGGAUGCCUAAGCAAUUUUGUGUGUGACCAUUGCAACUGUCAAAUAAGCUCACAGAACAAGCCCCAGGCCGUGUACAACCUUGCAUUGGUGUGCAACACUGGAACUGUCACUUGGUUUGAUGCCUUUGGUGCCAUCCGCCUCAACAUGACCCCUUUCCUUCGAGGGAUGUUCAAAGCCUGCUUCUUGGCUGAGUCUGAAAACUCUUACGUUCAAGUUGCACAGGAAGUUCUUUCACGAAAAUCUAACAAAACUGGAACUCUGAGAUUCAAUCCCCUCGUGAGCUCAGGUGUUAAAAGGCAGGAAAUGUGCUUUAAGUGGAACACUGAUCGGAAACUUGUUCUGUAUUUAGAAGCCAUUAAGAUCCCUGGGGUCAAUGCUGUGCCCAAGAUCAACUUUCAUUAUGAUUUGGAAAAGUUACAAUCUCAACACUUGUCUGAUGAUUGCAGACCUUGUACAAAAGAUGAACUUCUUGAUUCCUAUUGUUCAAUGGACUUUGUUGUGAUUGGAAGUAUAGCUGAUGUCAGCCAUAACCAGUUCUCUGAGGUUUCCAAUCUGACCUUAAACAUCAAGCAAGUUAUCCACCAAACAGAAGAGAGUUACUUCAAGAGAGUUAAAAGAUCAGAUAAAGAUUUGACUGGAUUUGUGACUGUGCCCAAAAAAUGUCAGAUGAAUAAAGUUUCGGGAGAUUUCUUUGUGACGGGUCGUCAUAGACUGAACUCUUUAACGCUAGUGUGCAUAACUCACCUCCAUGACUGGAGAGCGAUACAGCACGAGGUGGAGUGCUCACAUUAGUGACAUGUUGUGAUAACUUGGGUCUUUUCAAACUGUGAUGUUUUGUAUAGAGACAGGAAAUUGAGAUGCUGGUCAGAUUGUGUCCAGAGUAUUUGAAGCAAGUGACAAUCUUUAUCUGGGCUUGUCAUGUUCAAUGUUUCAUGACUGUAGCUGGUCUGGUUGUGUGAUGAAGUGUGGGUAAGGUCAUGACUCUAGGUCACAUGUAUACAAGGGUAAGGUCAUGAAACAAAUAUGUAAACAUAUGUAUACAUUGGCUAAGGUCAUGACAUAAGGUCACAUGUAACAUGAUGUAUACAGGGAUAAAGCCUUGAUACCACAGUCACAUGUAUACAGGGUAAGGUCAUGACAUCAGGUCAUUGUAAACAAAUCAUGUAUACGGGCUAAGGUCAUGACACGGGUCACAUUUAGACAGAUCAUGAAUACAUCAUGAUUGUCUAGUAGCUGUCCAUUUCAACAAAGCAAUUAUGCUUUAGAUCACCACAUAUGAACCAGUCAUGUUGUGGGUUCUACUCUAUGAACUGUUGGUCAUCAAAUUUGAGUUGUUUUUUUAGGUUAAUCCAGGAUUUAGUAAUGUUGUAGUUGUAGAUCACCAUAUUAUGAGUCAGCCAUGUUGUGAGCCACCAAAUUAUGAGCCAGUCAUGUUGUGAGCCACCAGUAUGUUAACACAAGAGCCAGUCAUGUUGUGGGUCACAAUUUAUGAGCCAGUCUUGUUAUAUCCUUAUUGUUAAUCCCUCACUUACAUAAUUUAUGCACACUUACUAAAACGGGAGAGUAUCAUACUUUGUAUUAUUACAUAAUAUUAUAUCACAGUUAUUUUAGUGGACAUGACAUAAUUUUUUUUUAAAUAUACACCAUUAACUUACAGUAAAAUAUAUUUACUUUUUUUUCCCCCUGAUAAACUGGUUAAAAGGUAGUUUUAUUAUGUCUAAACAAUUGGUCAGUUUGUGUAAAAAGUUAACUUUUUUGUGUCAAAGAGCUAAAAUGGCAAAAAGAAAUCAUUUGUUUCUUUGUGUAAAUAAUAAUUUAUUUUUUUACUAACUUUUUGUGAUCACUCUAUGACCAAAUCUGGCAAUUGGAAUGUGAAUUCUAUUUAUUUAUGCAAGCAAUUGUAUGUAUGUUUUAACUUAAUGUUUUAAUAAACUUGACC